AUGUCUGAUUUGCCACAUAGCGGAUAUUUUCAGGAAAAUUAUGCAGUAUUUAAGCGGCUGAAAAUUCGAGGCCCUAAACCUUCUCUACUAUUCGGGAAUUCUUUGGAAUUCAAAUCCAAAUUUGUACUCGAUGUAUUCUCGAACUGGUAUAAACACUAUGGAAAAGUUUACGGUUUUUACGAGGGCCUCAGACCAAGCUUGGUGGUUUCAGAUCCGGAACUGAUUAAACAGAUUUUGGGAAAUGACUUCAGCAAAUUCCAGGACAGAACAGAGUGCGUUCCAUUUUUGUACUGGCCAGACAACAUUAACGUUGUCAAUGCUACCGGUAGCCAGUGGAAACGGGAACGCGCGGUAGUUGCAUCAUCCUUCAACGCUACUUCAUUACCUGAAAUGGUUGGAGAGGUCGCUAGUGUUGCUGACGGAAUGACGAGUCUCCUGAUGGCUCACAUCAACAAACCUGUAGACAUAGCCAACUGGUGUGACCGUUACGCCGUGGAUUCCUUUGCACGUGCAGCAUUUGGAUUUCCGGUGAACUCUCUAGAGAAUGAGGAAGAUUUACUACUCAGAUUCAUGAGGGCGAAUUUCCAACAAGGGGAUAUAGAGAACGCUUUGACGGGAUUAGCAAGAUUGUUUCCCAGCUUGGUUCCCAUCUUGAAAAAAUUUAACGGGGAUUACGAACGUCUGCACCACCAGCAUUUAUCAAAUGUUCAAACGCUCAUCAAAGAGUUCAAGACGCAAUUUAUGAUGGGCAAACUGACGAAGAAAAAUCUAAUGACAAACCUGCUGGAAGCUUACAACGUGUAUCGCGACGAGGAGAACAACGACUGUAAACGAGGCCUGAGCGAUGAAGAGCUACUGUCGCAAGUACACGGAUUGAUUGGAGCAGGGUUUGGACAGACAAACAACCUGUUGGCCUUUGCCGUCUACAACAUCGCGAAAUACCCAGAUGUCCAGAAAAACGUGUUCCAGGAAGUAGACAGAAUGGUUCCAAAAGAGGACACCAUGAAUUACGAUUCACUGGGUCAUCUGGAAUAUUUGGACACCGUGCUCCACGAGACUUUGCGAGUUUUCCCCAUUGCUCCUGGUGUGACCCGUGUCUGUACCGAAAGUUGCGUCAUCAAUGACGUCACCAUCCCAAAGGGCAUGGUGAUACGCCUGAUGUCAUCGCCCAUAUACUCAGACCCGGAAAUUUACCCGGAGCCCGAGAAAUUCGACCCGGAAAGGUUUACUGCAAGCGAGAAAGCUAAACGUCACCCUCAAACGUUUUUGGGCGUAGGCUACGGUCCCCGGAUGUGCCUCGGGUGGAGAUUGGGUAUGAUCCAAUGUAAGGCCGCCAUUGCUCGACUUGUACAGAACUUCCAUAUUGAAUUGGCACAAGAGGGGCCGUUGAACACCACCCUCCGCCCUGUGCUCAGUCCAAAAGAUGGCGUCUGGAUAACUCUCAAGCCACGCUGA